AUGUCGAGUCUUGAGCUGGCAGUCAGGCGUGAACCACUGGCUCUUAUCAACCUCAAAAAGAAAAAUGAAGAAACUGGGGAAGAAGAACUUGCCUCUCGCUUAGAUCACUGCAAAGCCAAAGCCACGAGGCACAUAUUCCUCAUCCGUCACUCUCAGUACAACCUGGAUGGCCGAGCUGAUAAGGACAGAACUCUGACCCCUCUCGGUCGAGAGCAGGCUGAACUGACUGGACACAGGCUGGCAAGCUUGGGAUUAAAAUUUGAUCAGAUUAUCCACUCCUCCAUGACCAGAGCAACCGAAACAACUGAAAUUAUAAGCAAACAUCUCCCAGGAGUCAAAAAAAUUAGUACUGAUCUGCUGAGAGAGGGAGCACCUAUAGAACCAGACCCUCCAGUGUCUCACUGGAAACCAGAAGCUGUGCAGUAUUACGAGGAUGGAGCUCGCAUCGAGGCUGCUUUUCGGAACUUCAUCCACAGAGCUGAUGCCAAGCAGGAGGAGGACAGCUACGAGAUCUUCGUGUGCCAUGCAAACGUCAUCCGCUACAUAGUGUGCAGAGCACUGCAGUUCCCCCCCGAGGGUUGGCUGCGCAUGUCCCUCAACAACGGCAGCAUAACCCACUUGGUGAUACGGCCCAACGGGCGAGUGGCACUGCGGGCACUGGGUGACACGGGUUUCAUGCCUCCAGACAAAAUCACACGCACCUGAAGAAGCAGUGGAUGGCUGUCCAGGAGCU